AUGCGUUUGUCACGUCUGGUGACAACCCAGGUGGCACUAUGCCUGCUCUGCUUGUUCCUUCUGUCGGCCUUCAUGCCCACCUCUGCUCUGCCGGGACGUGGUAAAGGCAUCGGCAGCCAUCGUUCCUCCAGCGGCAGUAGAAGCAGCAGCCAUAGCACCACCAGCGACAAGAAGCACGGGCUUGGCAGUCUUUUUUCCAGUGGUGAUAAGAAAGAUGACAAAAAGGACAAGUCAACCUCUGGCAAGGGUCGUAAGCCUGGCUCUUCCCCGGGUCGUCAAGGAAAGGAUGAUAGCCGAGGUCGUGGCUCUUCUCGUGGUUCCUCUCGUGGAUCUAACCGGGGAUCUUCGCGUGGCUCAAGUCACAGCAACCCUUUCUCUGACAGGUUCGAUCUUGACAAUCCCUUCUCCGACGCUCACGCUGCUGGGGACAUUUUCGCUGUUGAAGACGGUCCGACUAAGGACAAGAAGCCCGGAAUCGGCGUGGAGUUUGAGUCCAGCGGCGUUAAAUUCGCCAAUCCACAGCCAUUCAAAGGGAAGAAGGGGGCUGAGACUGUCACCAUCGGCAAGGCCAAACAAAAGCAUUGCCAAAAAUGGACUGUGGAGAAGCCAGCAAACGAAGGUGCGAUUGCUAAUAUUGGUUGGCAGUACCAGGUUACAGUCCCGAUGCCAUUGGGAGCUAUCCAUGAUUUGUUUCGCAAGGCUCGCUCCGGCGAGAACACUCCCCUGUUGCCGGGAACGAAGAUGGCGUCGAAGGGGCGAAUGAUCUGGGUCAACAAGAACUUCUUCCAGGCCAACCCGGAGGGUAACAGCCCCGACCAGAUCACCCCCGAUGCAAUGGGAUUUCUAUCCUUGGUAGUCUCUUACGCCAAGAACGCGGAAACAAGAAAUCCGGAAGAAAGUCCCAAGAUGCUGACGCCAAUUAUGCCGCGCACCGAUUUCGCCAGCAUCUAUAAUGACGUAAAGUCUGAUAUUAAAGGUGACCUAUAUAAGCUGGUCUCGGUCCUGCUCUGUUAUAAAAAUGACGAAGGAGACGAAGUCGAAUUCGACAGCAUGGCGUGUGACGGCGAUGCGAAGAACCCCAAGCCCAAGAAGAGCAUGGACGAAACUACCGAGCUCCACCUGAAGGGUGAGAACCCUGAAACCGAGCGGCCAGAGGAACACCGCGUGCGACUGAAGGAGUGGAUGAACGGGCUGCCGAGAGGCCAGGAUAUCUUGGCCAGGGGAGAUGCUGUUAUUGAUGGACAGGUUGGUGGAUUGAAGUCAGCUCAUGAGGAGGUCUACCGUGACUCCAAGCGAUUGGUGCCACUGUUCGAAUUUCGGAAUCUCGGAUCUGUCCAAGCCUCCGGCUUCAAGAGGUUGGUUGAGAAGAUUGAGGAUGCCGUCUUGGACUACCACAAACGGUUUUAG